AUGAACACGCCCAAGGCACUCAUGGAGCUGGCGCAGAAGCCGCCGUUAGAAAUAGCCGAAACGGUCGUAAAGGGGUUCUAUGAGCUCGGCAAAGAGACAGUGAAGUCCGGCAAGGACGUGGCUCUCGGUGACGCUUCUACGGAUCUGGUCCUCAACACGGCCGACGUGGUAACGACAUUUGCAGGCGGUGCCGGCGCGGUCAAGUCGCUCACGAACGUGGGAACCGCUGCACGGGUGGUCAAGGCCACCGGAGAGGCGGCCUUCGACAGCGCUAAAGCGACGCUUAAGGAGAUGCCAGCCGUCAUAAAGGAGGCCGCCGCUGCCGCUCCCAAGACAGCCCCAGUGCUGGCUCUCGAGGGAGGCAUGAUGGCCAUGGACCUGAUCCCUGAUAUCGGGAAAGGGCCGAGGGUGUUGAUGGCGGUAGCGAACAAGACCACAGAGGGCGUCAAGGGCGCCGUCUCGGCGGGAGCCAAGGCAGGAUCGCGCACGCGCAAGAUCGCGGCGAUGGUCCGACACUUGGAGGAAGGCACUUCGACACUGGCUGAGAACUACCGUGCCUUCAAGGCGGGUGAGGCGCUGCCAACCAAGAAGCCGACAACCAUGGCCGAGGCGGUUAAGCGGCGCAAGGCCGGGGGCACGCUGGAGAAGCCACAUGAUCCACGGCUGCACCACGACAUGCCGAAGACGCUCAAGCCCCUGUGGGAGGCCUUCGACAUCGAUUAUCACCAGACGGUAAGAGUGGACUUGGUCGAGCACCAGAUUAUUCAUGGUACCGGCGGUUUCUUCCAUGACUCAAAUGUUCUCUGGGCGCACAAGCUAAGCCAGGUCGAUGACCUUUGGAAGCUCAACGCCAAGAUGCUCGACCAGAUGAGGACCAAGAUCAACGCUACUUUCGGCGAAAUACCAAGUCUGGGGGGCAAGACACUUAACGACGUAGCAAGGGUGCCAUACCCUCGCAAGUAG